AUGACGUCCCCAAUAACAGGCCCGCUCGCGCCGGGCUUGCACCGCCUCUACAUACCCGCUGUCUGUCUCUUGAUCUCCUUUCAAGGCUACUACUCCCAAUACCUCUUCAACACCGAGCCCGACCUUGCCCCCGGCCCCUUAACCCGCCGCGAAACGAUCACCUUCAAUACCCUCCUCCUCUGUCUCUGGUAUACCUACUACCGCGCCUGUACCGUCGAUCCCGGCCGCUACAUUUUUUCCCCUUCCUCCGAAUUUUCCUCCUCAACCGGCGCAGAUCCCGACCUCCGCCCAACAUCCUCCCUCCUUUCUUCCCAGCGUCGACCUCGGCGCUUCUGCAAGAAGUGCUCCGCCCCCAAACCCCUGCGCGCCCACCACUGCCGCCACUGCGGCCGCUGCAUCCCCAAAAUGGAUCACCACUGCCCUUGGACAGGCAACUGUGUCUCGAUGCAGACAUUCCCUUACUUCCUGCGCUUUUUAGUCUACACCAACGUCUCGCUGUGGUACUUAGCCCGUUUACUCUGGCAGCGGGUCGCCGGGAUUUGGGCUUCACGGAAGCUGCCUGCUUACCUAGGCCCCUCAGUACAUGGUUUGGUGGGCGUGACAGUUUUGGGGCUAGCAAACAUGGGGACGAUGGUUGCGUUGGGGAUAUUGCUGAUUACGACGGUGAAGGCGUGGGUGUGGAAUUGUACGAUGAUUGAGGAGUGGGAAGUGGAGAGGCAUGAAGCGGUGCUGGCGCGGUUGGGGGGCGAUGAUGAGCAAGGGGAGGAAGAUCCGUUCUGGGGAGAUGAUACUGCUGCGCUGAGGGCGAGACUGGAGAAAAUCGAGUUCCCCUACGAUUUAGGAGUGUGGAAGAACAUGUCUCAGGCAAUGGGUACAAGGAAUGUGCUGCGCUGGUUUCUGCCGUUCGGUGGUGGCGGCCCAGUAGUCGACAAUUCCAAUCCGGGGAAGGGAGCUGGAUGGGAGUGGGAAGAGAACGGGUUUAAUGACUUGCCUGGUAUGUGGCCGCCGCCUGAUCCGGAGAAGAUGCGGCGUGAGGCUCGUGGUGGCUGGCCUGCUGCUGUAGCGAGUCAACAACAACCGCGCACGCUACUGGAUCAGUGCCAGACCGCUGAGGAGAUCAAGGAGGCUUUCAGGAGACGACAAGAGGAGGAUUUACGGAGAAGACAAAAAUACCAGGCGUUAGAGCGCAAGGGCAUCAUCGAAGAGUUGGAGGAAGUUCCCGGUAAGACCAGCGGGGAAGGUGAAUGGAUUGGCGAACCAGCAUGGACAAACUCUGAAGGAGAACGUCUGUGGGAUUAUGGCGUAGACGAGGGAGCUGACGAGGAGGAUAUGCCCUUGGCCGAGCUAAUGCGCAGAAGGAAGGUCUCAACACAUAGGAAAUACGAUUGA